GAAUCUUUACGUAAACAAUUCUUCUUUUUUUUUUUACUAUAUGAGAAAGACGUGGAUAUAAUAUUAUAUUAUUAUUGGAUGAGGGAGGGUGAGACGUGGCACAUAUACGUUCUUAGGAACGCCUUUUAAUAUAUUAGUAUAGAUAGAGAUAUUGCUCCUUACUUCUAUUGACUCUAGUACUCGCUAGAUGACCCUUAUAAUGUAGGGAAAUUUAUUCGAGGUUUGAUAACCCAAAUCUUCAACAGAGGCACCCUUAGGCCUUAGGACCGUAGAAAUUUGAGAAUUUGAAUCUCUUUUCGACGAGCCAUCGUGAGAAAUUCCCCCAUUAUCGGAGCCAUGGAUUAUGUUGACAGACUUGGGAAAUAAAUGGAGCUCCUUUAUGGAAUUAUAGGGUUGAAAUUCAUUGGCAAUUGUAAAUGUUAGUCGCCCCUUUUCGGACAAGUCUAUAGUUCUAGUUACUAUAUUUUUUGACUUGACUUGACUUGACUUUACUAUUAUCAGAGUAUCAUUCUCUGAAAUUUCAGUGGUCUUUCCUACAUAAAUUUAUCUAUCCCAACUUCUUACAUAAGGUUAUAUUUGAUACUCGAUCAAAAUCAAAUAUCAAUCAUCAUAUAGUUCUUGUUAUAGCUUAAUCAUGGCGCUAAUAUGUACCGAUGUGCAAGCAAAUAGUAGUAUCAGUAUCAAAGGCAUGGAACCUAAACUAUACCUUGCAGCAUUAAAGGGCUCCUUUGAUGAAAUAACUUCCAUAUCUAAUUGGAAGGAACAAUCAACCCCCAUUGGAAACAAUAUCCUCCACAUUCAUACCGAGAAACCGCUCCAAAAGGCCUCCAAGGAUUGCAAAAAGAAGAUUAACAUCAAGUUCAUCCAAGAGGUUCUCAACGAUAACAAAGGAUAUUUGUUAUUGUGGAAGGAGAACAACAAUGGAGAUACCCCACUGCACUUGGCUGCUAGAUUCGGGCAGGAGGAGGCAGUUCAAGUGUUCCUUGAACGAGUUAACAAGGUGAGUCAAGAAGAACUGAUACGGAUGCUGAGGAUGAUCAACAAGAAGAAGGAUACUGCCUUGCACGAGGCAGCUCGGAGGGGGUCUGAAGCUAUGGUGAAGAUGCUACUGGAGGCAGAUAUUAAUUGCCUACAUGAAUCUAACGAGGUGGGCGAGACACCUCUCUAUCUGGCUGCUGAGAGAGGAUCUACUGCUUCAGUUGCCAUAAUUCUAGAGACCUGUGAUGCAACAGCUUUUGGCUAUGCUCAUAAAGGUCCUUGUGGUCGAACGCCUCUUCACGCCGCAGUCCAAUUGGGUAACGCAGAAAUGGUGCGAAAGAUGCUAGAGAAAGAAACCUCGUUAAUCAGAAUUCAAGACGAUGAGGGGUUAACUCCACUCCAUUGUGCUGCAGCAGAGAUCAGCAAGUUCAAGCUUCUUAAGAUGCUUUUACAUUAUGACAACAAAGACAUCAACGAAUCGUCAGCACUAUAUAUACAGGACAAUAAGGGGCGAACACCUCUGCAUAUUGCAGUACUUCGGGUUAACUGGGAUGCCAUAAAGAAGCUCACAGCAUGCCGCCCAGAUUGCAUCGAGAUAGUGGACAAGCAUGGGCAGAAUGCAGUACAUUAUGCUGCCAAAUGGGGAUGUCUUUAUAAAUUUGAAACCUUCUUAAAGAACGGACAUUUUGACAAUCUCCUUAAUGAGAAAGAUAUGGAUGGAAAUACGCCUCUUCAUCUUUUUGCCACACAUAUUCUUGCCCUCGGCCAUGUUUGUCUACUCCAACUACCACUUUUCAUCAGAUCAAACAAACAAAAACUGGACCUUCUGGUGUUCAACAAACAAAAACUUACCGUUGGGGAUAUCUUGGCUUAUAAAGUUCACAUGUUUUAUUCCGGACCUAUUAUACAACGACUUAGAAGUUGGAUGACUCCAAGGGGCAAGAGAGUUAGCAAAUAUGAAGAAGAGAUUGAUAUUGAGAAAGCAAAAUCGAAAGAAGAAUCAAAACUUGUGGCACUCAGAAAAGCAGCUCAAGGACAGUCCUUAGUUGCAACUCUAAUCGCUACAGUAUCUUUUACUGCUGGAUUCACCUUACCAGGUGGAUUCAAUCAAAAUCCUGGAGAUAAUAACAUAGGAAUGGCAUUGCUUCAGAGUAAAUCUGCCUUCAAAAUGUUCUUGAUUUCAGAUGCUAUAGCCUUUACAUGCUCCAGUCUUGCAAUGCUCUCCUACUUCACUAUUAUAACUACAGAAUCUACCUGGAAUAUUGAGUCUCUCUCAGUUGCUGCACUUUUCUUGAACACAGUUGCAUUGGGUGCAUUGAUGUUAGCAUUUACGACUGGUGUGUGUGUUGUUCUACCUCAAUCACCUCAUCUUGUGUUUGCAAUGUGGGCUAUUGCCAUGGUUUUCGUCUUCCUGUACGCUUUGCUAGUUUUUCGAACUUUUCGAGCUGGACUGCGCUUCUCGGCUAGAUGUAGGGGAAACAAUCAUCAGUUUUUUCAGUAAAAUAUUGCAAAAUAAUACUCAUGAAAUAUGACACUGAGAUGAGCCAGAGCAUCGAUACAAAAGAGCAAUAGUACCAUAUGAUCAUUGUAAUGCACCUUAGGUUGCGUAGCGUUACGAAAGUUUAUGGACUUUCUUUGAUAAUUCUACGUUAUUGGUGUAUUGAGGUUUAGCAUGUUGGUAUUUAGACUAAGCAAACACCAAUCAUUUG